AUGGUGGCUGGACGCGAAGUAUGUCAUCCAGUUGCUGGAUAUCAGACAACAUCAAUUGUGAAAGAUGCAACUAUCACCAACAGAGCGCCCAGAAGUCUGUCCCUGAGAAGGUGGAAGUCAGAAGACCUGGAGCUAGAGACAAGCGAACUCGCUGAAAUGAUUGCCAUUGGUGUGGACGAGGCAAGGUCAGAUCAGUUUGCCCACAACCUGAAGUCGUCUUGGUGGUAUGGUUCUGGAUGCACACAACGGUGCUCAACUCGACGGUGUGCGAGAGACCAGACAUGUGAUCAUGUACAUGGAGUCUGUGUGAACGGGUGCCGAGCUGGAUGGAAGGGAACAGACUGCCUGAACUCGUGUACACGGGGAGACAACUAUGGAGCUAACUGUAACAAUAAUUGCCGAGACAGACACUGUGUUUCUUCAUCUCCGCCCUGCAGUACAGAAACAGGAGAUUGUGGUACCGAGGAAUGUCAACCUGGCUGGAAGGGAGGCGACUGUACACAACAAUGUCAGGAAAAUACCAAGUAUGGCUAUAACUGUAAUAAGUUCUGUCAUCUUCGAUAUUGUGCUGUAUCAUCAACCUGCAGUAGAGAGACAGGCGCCUGUGACGGUGCAUGUAAACCCGGAUGGGCAGGAGUCGACUGUGCUCAAGCUUGUAGUAAAGGUAAAUACGGCGCUGCGUGUUCUCUGCAAUGUUCUGCUCGACAGUGUGAGGGAGACUUGACAUGUCAUCACAUAACCGGUGUAUGUGUUAAUGGAUGUCAGGCCGGAUGGAUGGGGACUGACUGCACGACAGCAUGUUCGAGUGAACACAACUAUGGACCAAACUGUAUGAAAUACUGUCAUCAACGUCACUGUGUGUCAUCUACAUCCUGUGAUAUAAAGACAGGAGCCUGUGAUGCUGGGGGAUGUACUGCUGGCUGGAUGGAAGCUGAUUGUACAAAAUCAUGUGUCCGGGGUGUAACGUACGGCUCUAACUGUAUCAAGUCGUGUGCUACUCGUCACUGUGAUUCUAGAUACUCGUCGCAGUGUCCUACAGAUACUGGAAAAUGUUCUCGGGGAUGUGAACCAGGAUGGAAGGGGGACGACUGUACACAAGAAUGCCAGGAAGGACUAGCCUACGGUUCUGGCUGUACGAAUCAGUGUGCUGGUCGUCACUGUCUACAGAAUUCUUCUUGUGACACGAAGACAGGGAGAUGUGUAGGAGGAUGUCGACCAGGAUGGAGAGAACCAGACUGUUCACAAGCUUGUUACUCUGAGCGCUAUGGACCAAGAUGUUCACUACAGUGUUCAUCUCGACACUGUAAGAGGAGCUCAUCUUCAACAUGUAAUCCAGUAAAUGGGUCAUGUGACAAUGGUUGUCAAUCUGGUUGGCAAGGCAUUGACUGCACAGAUUGUAAAGGAGGACUGACUUACGGUAAUAACUGUGGCAAGCGAUGUGCUGAUCGUCACUGUCUUAAUAACUCGACAUGUGAAGCUAACACUGGACUGUGUGUAGGAGGUUGUCAGCCGGGUUGGAAAGACGUCGAUUGUUCAAAAGUUUGUUUCUGGCCGUGGUAUGGAGCCAACUGUUCCCUGUCAUGUACAGACAGACACUGUAAUGGACAGUCACGUUGUAAUAAGACUGAUGGGAAAUGUGAAACAGGUUGUCAGACAGGGUGGAAGGGUGUAGACUGUACAGAAUGUGACCACAGAUAUGGUAUGAACUGUAGUCUAGACUGUAGUUCGAGACACUGUAAGGACGACAACUCGCCGUGUGAUUCCCGGACUGGAGCGUGUGUUGGAGGCUGUAAACCUGGUUGGAUCCUUGCAACCUGUACUGAACCUUGUUCCUGGCCGUGGUAUGGACCCAACUGUUCCCUAUCAUGUACAGACAGACAUUGUAAUGGACAGUCACGUUGUAAUCACACCGAUGGGAAAUGUGAAACAGGUUGUCAGACAGGAUGGAAGAGAGUCGAUUGUACAGAAUGUGAUGACAGAUAUGGCGUAGAUUGUAGUCUAGAUUGUAGUACGAGACACUGCAAGGACGACAACUCGCCGUGUGAUUCCCAAACUGGAGAGUGUGUUGGAGGAUGCAAACCUGGAUGGAUAAAUAGAACUUGUACUCAACAAUGUCAGUCUGGCAGAUAUGGAGAGGGGUGCCUGCAAGAAUGUAUUGACUGACGUUGCUAUGGCAGCCAACGAUGUGAUCUGGUCACAGGACAGUGUGUUGAUGGGUGCAUUGCUGAAUGGCAAGGAGUGUCCUGCAGCGAAGUUUCACCACAAAAAACCAGCGAUUCGACAACUGUAGUUUCCUCAACGGUUAUGGGAGUACUAUCCGUAAUUGUGAUUAUACAGUUUAUCGUUAUUAUCAGAUUUAUUCUAAUUUUUAGAAAGUUGCGUGCAUCGAGUGGGCCUAGUGUCUCGUUUUCAAAUAAACCUAACACUAGAAUGACGACCACGACAUCCGCGGUCUAUGAAGUUGUUGACGGUGAAACCAAUGUUCGUUCUCCGCCAGUUGAACGUGUUGUUAACACUCAAGAUGACCAGACCAAUGGUGCGCAACAUGAUUACGUAAACUCGUCACAUCCGGCAGAAAGCAGCGAGGAGAAUUUCAAUAAUUAUGACAGGCUGGAUGUUGAUGUUAUUGGUGAAGGAUCUCCAUACAGUAAGAUAGAAGUCUAAGAUACACUAUGUAACGAAGUUUAGCAAAGUAUAGCCAAAUAUCAACAGCUGAUAUUUCACAAGAAAUGUACACAUUAAAACAGGUGGACUAUAUUGACCUGACAUAUAAAAUUGUAUAUAUUGUUUUAAAUCAUCUGCGAUAUAACCUGUUGUUUCUAGAUGUAUUGUUAAAUAAAAUAAAAUUGUUUUGUUAUCUUGACUGUUAUUGUUAUUAUUAUUAUUAUUAUUAUUAGUAGUAGUAGUAGUAGUAGUAGUAGUAGUAGUAGUAGUAGUAUUUUGUAAACAUUAAAUCUUCACGUACUCGCAAUUACUGAAUGUGCACCAUUUCUGGCGUAUUUUAGUGGAUAUGCACCUGUCAAAUUAAUCACCAACGUUGUUAAUAUUUUCAGAAAUACAAUGAAUUUCUUGUUUAAAUUAGUCGACUAGCAAUCAGAUAGGAGAUCCGAUAUAUCGUGAGCUAGUUGCGUAUUUCGCAGUGUGUUGCGUCAUGGUGCGGUUCUGUAAUUUGACUCCCAAAGUUGAAUGGAGUUACAGGAUAUGCAGACCCAUUCACUCCUAGAGCGAACAAUGCUUCAGUGUAUGGUAUACGACAAUACUCGGUUACUGUCUGCAUACUCCAGACACUUAUGAACAGGGUCCCGAUGUCUACGCCAUCCAUUCAUUUAUCCACACAUGAACAUAUUUAAUCGGUCAUUUAUUUUUAUAUCCGUCUAUCUCUCUGUGCGUCUAUCUACCAGUUUUCAUGCAAUGUUAGGUUACUGUCUGCUAUGAUUAGUAAAAACUCUCCAUUUUAAAAUGUUAGGGUGUAUUGUAUUAUAUGCAUUGUCUGUUUCAUUUUAAUGUGCAAACACUUUAAUAAAUACAGUUUAAUAAAA